GCACGUCAGUGGCUGCUACACUUCCUGCUGCCGCUAUGGCCGCGAGAGCCUCUGCUCCGGCGCUGAGCGUCGCCGCCACCUUCCUCCUCCUCCUCUUCACACUGUGCAGGGGCUCCUCGUCGGCCUCCCAAGAGCUCCGACGCCCGCCCGCCAAAAUAGGUGUGAUUGGCGCUGGCAUCGGGGGCACCUCAGCAGCCUACUUUCUGCGCCAGAAGUUUGGUAGAGAUGUCCAGAUUGAUGUGUUUGAAAAAGGAGAAGUCGGGGGCCGUUUGGCUACUCUCAACGUAGAAGGAAAAUAUUAUGAAGCAGGAGGAUCUGUCAUUCACCCCCUUAACCUGCACAUGAAACAUUUUGUCAAAUUGUUAGGACUCUCUGUUCCUGCAAAGCAAGGUGGACUCAUGGGCAUUUACAAUGGAGAAGAGUUUGUCUUUGAGGAGAGCAGCUGGUACAUUUGGAAUGUCAUCAAACUCCUCUGGAAUUACGGACUGAAUACCCUGCGAAUGCACAUGUGGGUAGAAGAAAUCUUGGACAAGUUUAUGAGGAUCUAUCGUUACCAAUCUAAUGAUUAUGCCUUCAGUACGAGUGAGGCUUUGCUUCAUGCCCUGGGAGGAUCUGACUUCCUUCAGAUGCUGAAUCAGACCAUUGACAAGUCCAUGCAGAAAGCGAGCUUCUCCCAGAAGUUCAUCAAUGAGAUAGUAACUCCAGUCAUGAGAGUCAAUUAUGGACAAAGUGCCAGCAUCAAUGGCUUUGUGGGUGCAGUAUCUUUGGCAGGUGCUGAGUCUGGACUUUGGUCAAUAGAAGGAGGUAACAAAUUGGUCUGCACUGGCCUGCUUGAAGCUUCUAAAGCACACCUGAUUUCUGGCACUGUUUUCUCACUAGAAGAAAAAGCCAGGCAAGGACGCUCAGGAGGUACCGUGAAACUCUAUGAAGUGACAUACAAUUCUACAACGGGAUUAACAUCAGAUUUGUAUGAUAUCAUUCUGAUAGCUACUCCAUUACACCGUAAAAUUGCCAACAUAACAUUCCAUAACUUCAGACCACCUAUCCCAGAGUUCUCCAGACCAUAUGAACAGAUUGUGUCAACAUUCCUCCAUGGACAGAUUAAUGCUUCUUUCUUUGGCUACCAGGACCCUUCCCAAUUCUCCUUAACGGCUAUUUUCACAAUGGAGAACCCAAAGCUAUUUUUCAAUAGCCUUGGUGUUGUCUCUUCAGUACAAAACAAAAUGGAUCCAUUUCUGGGCUCUCAUGUUUGGAAAACAUUUUCAGCUGACUCUUUGACCGAGGAGCAGAUAAACUUGCUAUUCUCAUCCUAUGACACUGUAGAAGAAAAGAAGUGGCUAGCUUAUCCACACUACAGCCCUCCAGAGAAGUGCCCUCCUGUCAUUCUCCACGAUCACAUGUACUACCUCAACAGCAUAGAGUGUAUUGCAAGUGCCAUGGAAAUGAGUGCCAUCUCAGCCAAAAAUGUAGCACUCUUGGCUUACCACCAUUGGUACAAUCAGACAGACAUGAUUGAUCAAGAAGAUUUGCAUGAGAGACUUAAAACAGAACUUUGAGGGCAUACACAUUGCCGAGAAACUGAGCCUAUGCUGCAGCAGCAAAACCUGUGUUUAAACAGAACAUGAUUCAUUACGUAUAUGCUUCUCCCUUGAAAUGCAUGGAUCUGAGCAGCAGUUUUUGGUUAUAGUUUUUUCAAUAAAUAAAUGUUUCGACAAAUUAAUAAAUGUUCAAUAAAUACUGUGUAUAAAUUCAUUUCUAGGAAGUGACCUGAGAAACAUGCAUCUCAGGCUUACUUAGGCCUCUGUUGCUGACAGUGUGGCAACUCCUGGUCUGUCGUAGUGACUCCACAUGGCAUCCAGGGAGGGUGCUGGGGCAUGCCAGGAGGCUGACGUCGGUUGGAGGAGAGGUCUGUAUGUUAAUCAACUAUUUAUGUUUUGUACUUAUGUUUGGAGGGGCAUAAGCGAUAUAUACAGAUCUUGAACUACACAGCGGCCUAGUGGCCUUAACCCCAGCUUUGCUGAAGGGAGAAGUGUACAUUAUAAGUUAAAAGGCUAUUGCCAACAUCAAUGACAAGGGCUGUAGCAGGAUGUGCGCGCUAGUAGUUUUAAAGCAGGCCUUAACAAGAAAUGACCAUUGAUUCCAGAAGGAUUGUGACUACUUUUGACAAAGUUCUGCAACAGAUUAAACGUAAUCAGACAUGAAUAAGCAAAUUAGGCAUAUGCCUUACCCAAGAACAAAUGAUUUCAAGUAUCUUCUUACAAACUAUCAUCUUGCUAUAAUCUAUGAUUGAGGA